CGCAACCGUAGUGACUGGAACAGGACAUGUUGAAACAAGCUGCUUAGACUAGCUGUCGUAAGUUUGCUUUUCAAUUGUAUAUUUUCUCUUCGACAAUCUGAUACAUGGCGUGAGCUGCAGUGGCAAUUUAUCACAAUUUAAGAUCAAGACGAGCCCCAGAGGUUGGACCAUGGACCAGAGCAAUACCUCCGAGGAUGAUUCCAUGGGUCCCUCAGAGGAUGAAUCCAGCCAGUCCAGGUUUCCCCUGGAACUCUCUGACUCGGAGGCAGUAGAGGUGCUCUGGCAGGUUCGGGCCCAGCGGCGGCAGGCCAACCCAGUUCUUCCCGACACAGUGUCCCGUCUGACCACACCUGAGGGCAGCAUUGUGUACCUGGUGGGCACUGCCCACUUCAGCGACAGCAGCAAGAAUGAUGUUGCCACGACGAUCCGCGCGGUGCAGCCGGAUGUGGUGGUGGUGGAACUGUGUCAGUACCGAGUGUCCAUGCUGAAGAUGGACGAGAAGACGCUGCUGAAGGAGGCCAAGGACAUUAACCUGGAGAAGGUGCAGCAGGCCAUUAAACAGAACGGUGUGAUGUCUGGCUUGAUGCAGAUCUUGCUGCUGAAAGUGUCUGCUCACAUUACUGAGCAACUGGGGAUGGCACCCGGAGGAGAGUUCAGAGAGGCUUUCAAAGAGGCAGGAAAAGUGCCCUUCUGCAAGUUCCACUUGGGAGACCGGCCCAUUCCUGUUACUUUCAAGCGCGCUAUCGCGGCCCUUAGUAUGUGGCAGAAAGCCAGGCUGGCUUGGGGUCUCUGCUUUCUGUCUGACCCUAUAAGUAAAGAGGAUGUUGAAAAGUGCAAGCAGAAGGACUUGCUGGAGCAGACCAUGUCGGAGAUGAUUGGCGAGUUCCCAGCUCUGCACCGUACCAUUGUAGCUGAGCGGGACAUCUACCUCACACACACGCUCCGCCAGGCAGCUCGCUGUGUGGAGGCGCCCCCCAACAAUCAGAAAGUGCCUGCAGUGGUAGUUGGUGUAGUAGGCAUUGGCCAUGUGCCCGGCAUUGAGAAAAACUGGGACAAAGAGCUCAACAUACAAGAAAUCAUGAGUGUGGCCCCUCCGUCUCGCUUUGGUUGGGUGUUCCGCACCGUGCUGAAGGGAGCGGUGAUCGGCAUGCUGGGAUACGCCUGCUACCGGGCCGGAGGGGGCGUCGGCCGAGCCCUCCUCUCCUUGCCUGCUGUCCAGUCGCUGCUCGAGAACAUCCGGCCUCCGGCGGCCUGACCUCACCGCCCCCCAACCCCACCCUCAAGCUGAAACUCCCUCCCACCCAACCAGGACAGGACGUUACCACGGACACCGUUAGCCUUACAGAUUGGGACUGUGUUGGGGGGGGCACAACCGCUCUGGACACUAGUGGGCCCAGGGCCCCCCCAGCCUCCUCCGGUCUUCUGUCUGUACACAGAUGCAGGCGUGUACUGCCAAAGAACCUGGACAGUACUACUCUAUUUUUUUUUUCUUCACCCAAAACAAGUGGAGUAUCUGUUGAUGCUUUUGUUUUUUUUUUAUCGAAACUACAUCAAGAUGCAUCUGAUGGGUAGCACAAAGACCUUACAGUAUACCUUACUUUCAAACUGGAAAGCAUUAGCUUAGCUGGACUGAUAUGUCAGUCUUUUUAUGUCAGCCAUGUCGUGGAUUCAGCAGUUUCUCUCUCACCCACUGCUCCUUGACCACUGCUGUUCAUCCUAUAACCUGUAGAAUUUUGCCAAAAUUAUAGUAUCUACCAAAUUGGUAGUUAUAUCCACCCCAUUGCUAAUAUGAAAAUUGAUUGCUGCCCUCAUACGGUCAUGUGCAGACCAUGUUUCAUGAAGAUGACCAAAGUCCUUUUGUUUGUCCUUUGUUUUUGUUUUUUUCCUGCUGUGAAUACAUUUUUAUGAUUUUUAUUUUCAUGGUAAGUGGGAAGGCCAUGGGUGACAGGUGAAUGCUUUUCCUCAUGUGACGAGUAUUCUACUGUCUAAUGGUGGGAGACCAUUUUCUGUAUAGUGAAGUGUCCCCCUGAAGAAUUUGGAAAUUUUAAGUUCUUGUUUCUAAAGGAAGAACAUGUUUAGGGACUUGCUGUGGAUGGUGGUGGAGUUAACAGAUAAGUGCCUCCUGGUAAUUGUAUGCAUCCAUAUAACGGAGUUGUAGUACUGUUGGAUGGCAAAGUGGAGCUCUGGCUGGACUGCACAUUGUCUCUUUUUUUUAUGUGGGUCUGUUGUUUGUUACGGUUAUGACAUGUCUCAAACACCUGUGAGGCAUCAAGCUGCUGGGUCCUUAUGGCCUGGUGCAGGUUUCAGUAUCAUUUUAGAUGUGGUUAUGCACAGAGAUUGAAACAUCUCACAGCUGUUGUUUCAGAAGGACCUAAGUGAGUUGUGUGUCCUAUUAUCUGCUCAUGGCUACUUCAUACACUUUGCAGUCAGGACUGAAUAACUACAUGCAAAAAUAUCUGUUGCUGGACCAUUUGUGGUAAAAUGUCACUAUUUAUGCUUCAUUACUCAAGGCGGUCUAUUAUUGUGGUUGACGAACAGGGCAGGGGUGACAUAGGAAGUAGUUGACUUAGUUAUUAUGUUAUGGAGCCAUGCAGUAGCAGGACCAGGUCUUCUACUAGUGACUGGUUCAGUCAGGGAAAUGUGGAUCAGUAAAGAGUGAGUCAAACGGAUGGACAAAUUCUGUAUAAACACUGUCCAUCCCCAGUUCCACCCCCAACACUUGCUUAUACUUGCAGUAUUUUCCACCUGCAGGACGAUAUCCUAAGCAACUCCCCCCCCCCCCCCCCCCCAAAUCAAGCCAGGCAUUCGGUUGAUGAAAUACGGCUUUGAGUUUGGUGGUUUGGACAUCUGUGUGAAAGAAAAUUAAUGCCAAUUGAAAAUACAUCCAACGGUCACGCUUGUAUGGCUAUAUUCAUGUAUGGAAAGAAAAGCCUUUGUGCCAGUACAGUAGUACAGAGUUGAAUUAAUAGUUCAGGAGAUUGGCGCCAUAAUGCCAUGAAAUACAUUAUGUCAGUUUAUUUGGAUUGUUGGACAAAUGAGAUUAUUUAGAAUGCAUGACUUGUCUUGACAGAUGUAAUGAGUAUGAUGCUUUAAGUUGUAAUAUGACCUGUUGUAGUCGAACAGGAAAUGGUCCAAGACAAAAUUGGAACAAAUCUUGUACGGAUUUUGGUACGGAUUUACUAAGUUUGUGAGGCUGUGGCUACUCUUCACUCAGCGAUCCUGUAAUGGCCACAGACUUGGAUUUGGGGCUGUGGUGACUGGGAAAAAGCCUUAUUCAACAUACAUUGCUGCCUUUUUAAACCUAUAGAUUGCCUCUGUUUUCGUCAUGGCUUGUUUAUCUCUUAUGCUGUUGUCUGCUUGUCUGGAUGUGUGGAGUGUGUGUGUGUGUGUGUGUCUGUGCAACACUGGGGUGAAUCAGUGGGAUGUAAUUCCUGUGAAUUACUUGACCUCACACUUGGGAUGGAGUGAAAUGUCCUUUUUCUUCUAAUGAAUGAACGCUUUUGAAGGGAUUGUGUUUUUAAAGCAUUUAAGAAAUUGUUACUUGCAGGUUGAAACACUCUUUGUUAGGAACUGUAUUGUGAGAGCUCACUGACUGCCAGCAACUAUCCUGACUUGUCAGAGAUCUUAAUUUAACCCUUUUUGGGGUGAAAAAGCACUUUUCAUUCCAGUUUGCUGAACUCCCUCAAUGGACAAGAACUAUGCAUAUUGAGCCGUGGUUUCUAAGAAUGCAUGACCGAUCUGCAUUGAACACUCUGUAUCCCAUCAAGAAAAGUGACCUGCUGUUGAUUUUUGUGCAUCAGUUAUGGAGCAGAAGGACUGACGUCUAUACAAGUCUUGACAUUUUGGAGGACAAACACCCAUUUUUAUAUGCCAAGGGCUCAUUAUUGAUGAAGCUAUUGGUUGCACUCAUAUUGACUUCUUUUCCAAUGUUAUGUAAUACAUUUGGAAAACCCUUAUAGCUUACCAUCUUGAAUGGAUGAGGGGUGGUGGUAGUCUAUUUAUUCAUGUAGAACCAACUCCAUAAAAAUAAUCUGUUUGUCCCCUUUCAUUUGUUAUCCCAAACAUGCCAAAUUUGAAAGCCUGAAUUGUAUCUUAAUUGAAUCUGUAUUGAACUCUACAGGUUUCAAAUUAAAACAUUAUGUUUGA